AUGUACCACCACGCGCGACGGAAAGCAUUUACGUCGAUGUUUUCGGCAUCUUCGCGUGCGUCUGAACACGCGGCAGACUUUUUAAAGCGAAACGUGGGGAGUUUUUCCUUCGCGUCGCCAUCUUCGUCUGCCUCGUCGUUAAGAACCAAUUCGGGGAAAUCUUUGUCGCACGGAUAUCGUCGUCGUCAUCAGCAACACCAACGGGAAGCGGCGUCAAAUGCGCGUCGACAGCAUCAGAGAGCUUUCACGCACUCUUCUUCCUCGCAACAGCAACAACGAUUUGGCGGAGGAGGAGGAGGAGGAGGAAGAAGAGGAGCCGCUGCCGCUGCUGCCAAAAGCAAAUCAAUAUCGGACAAAAACCAAAACAUGCUCUAUUACCUGUUAGCGGUGACCUCAUUCACGGUUGGCGCGUCGUACGCGUCGGUCCCACUGUACCGAGCGUUUUGCCGCGCGACUGGAUUUGGAGGCACCACGCAACGAAAAUCGAUCGAAGAUAAAAUGGAAGAGAGAGACCAAAUGGACAAAUCUAUAUUAGAAAAGGCGAAGAAACGUUCGAUUGAAAUCACGUUCAACGCGGACGUGGCGGAAGGUUUACCGUGGAAGUUUACGCCGACGCAGAAGAAGGUGACGGUGACGCCUGGGGAGACGGUGUUGGCGUUUUAUACCGCGGAGAACACGAGUUCGAGCGCUAUCACUGGCGUGGCGACGUAUAACGUGCAACCAGGCAAAGCCGGGCAGUAUUUCAACAAAAUCCAGUGUUUCUGCUUCGAAGAGCAACGUUUACGAGCGAAGGAAAAAGUGGACAUGCCGGUGUUUUUUUACUUAGAUCCAGAAUUCGCAAGCGAUCGAGGGAUGGAAGACGUGAACAGCUUAGUCCUGAGUUACACAUUUUUCCAGAGCGAAGAUUUCGACGGCGACGAGUACGACGAAAGCAGCGAAGAUUACGGAAGAGAUGGAGGAGGAGGAUCAGGAGUGAAACUCCACGGCCACGGCCCUUUAGUAGCGACAAACGACGGUAAGAAACUCGUAAACAUUAGUAGCAGUCAGUAG